ACACAACCGCCUGGGCGGGCGGUGUCGGGGGCGGGAGGCUGGGUGGCGCGGGCCAGCGGGCGGGGACCGGGAAGGCCGUGCGAGGCCCCGCGAAGUCGAGGCUCGGAGGUGGCGGGUCCGAGGCCCUGCACGAGGUACGAGGAGCCUGCCCGCCCGCUAGGCAGACCGGCGCUCCGAGUGCAACUUCUCAGCCUCGGUCAGGUUUGCGCAGCAGCACCUGGAGGUUCUCGGAAUCGCGUGUCUACCAAGUGCAGCCGCCGAGGUGGUCGCGGCCCCGGGGUCCUGCCCCGCGCCCUCCUCUGAGGUUUGCACAACUUGCGAGCGUCGGGGGAGCGCCGGGCGCCGGUGGGCGCGCAGGAGGCCGCCCCAUAGACGCCCCCCUGGACUGAGUACACGAAACCCGCGACCCAGAAAGAGGAGGCGCGUGCGGAUCCUCGCGCUGGGGGCACCGAAGGCGCGAGCAUUUAUCGAGCCCCCGUUGUGUGCUCCGAGGGGCCAGCGUUUGUCUCCAGGCUGCGGGCGAACCAGAGGCUCGGAGGUUGGAAGUGAUCGCCCCGAUAUUGGAAGCCGGGAGUCUCUGGCUGCGGGUCAGCGCUUCCAAGUCGGUGAGAAGUGAAGUUCAGGGCCGCAAAGGGGGUUCGAGCCAACAGCAGCCGGAGCUGCCAGCCAUUUGAAACUGAACCACCGCGGAAGGGGAAGCAGAGGGUGAAGGCCAGGCCCCGUGGGGGCCGAUGGCCGGCGGACGACGGAAUGGGCACUGGGUGCUGUGCUGGGUCUGUGUGCUGCUGAUGGUGGAGAGAGUGUCCGUGGCCAGUGGCCUAUCUACAGGGGCCCACACCAGCCCCCCAUUUCCAGCCUCCGGUGUGAACCAGACCCCCGUGGUAGAUUGUCGUGACGUGUGUGGCCUGAACGCUUCCGACCGCUGUGACUUCAUCCGGACCAACCCUGACUGCCGCAGCGAGGGGGGCUACCUGGACUACCUGGAAGGCAUCUUCUGCCACUUCCCCCCCAGCCUCCUCCCUCUGGCCAUCACCCUCUAUGCUUUCUGGCUGCUCUACCUCUUUCUGAUUCUGGGGGUCACUGCGGAGAAGUUUUUCUGCCCGAACUUGUCAGCGAUUUCUACGACGCUCAAGCUGUCCCACAAUGUGGCAGGCGUCACCUUCCUGGCGUUUGGCAAUGGUGCGCCCGAUAUCUUCAGCGCCCUGGUGGCCUUCUCGGACCCACACACGGCCGGCCUGGCCUUCGGGGCCCUGUUCGGCGCCGGCGUGCUGGUGACCACCGUGGUGGCGGGCGGCAUCGCCAUCCUGCGCCCCUUCACGGCCGCCUCCAGGCCCUUCCUCAGAGACAUCGUGUUCUACAUGGCGGCCGUGUUCCUGACCUUCACCGCCCUCUACCGCGGCCGGGUCACGCUGGCCUGGGCCCUGGGCUACCUGGGCUUGUAUGUUUUCUACGUGGUCACGGUGGUUCUCUGCACCUGGAUCUACCGGUGGCAGCGGAGGCGGUCCCUGGUCUCCUCCAUGCCAGCUACUCCAGAGAUGCUCUCGGAUUCCGAGGAGGAGGAUCGGGUGUCUUCUACCACCACCAGCUAUGACUACCGGGAAGAGUACCAGCCGCUGCUUUUCUACCGGGAGACCACGGCUCAGAUCCUGGUCCAGGCCCUCAACCCCCUGGACUGCAGGAAGUGGAGGAACAAGCCGGCGUACUGGAGGGUCCUCAAGGUGCUCAAGCUGCCAGUGGAGUUCCUGCUGCUGCUCACCGUCCCCCUCGUGGACCCCGACAAGGAAGACAGAAACUGGAAGCGGCCCCUCAACUGCCUGCAGCUGGUGAUCAGCCCCCUGGUCUUGGUCCUGACGCUGCAGUCGGGGGCCUACGGCGUCUAUGAGAUAGGCGGCCUCUUUCCCGUCUGGGGCGUAGUGGUGAUCGCGGGCACGGCCUGGGCUGCAGUGACCUUUUUUGCCACGACCAACAGCGAGCCCCCCAGGCUUCACUGGAUCUUCGCCUUCCUGGGCUUCCUGACCAGCGCCCUGUGGAUCAACGCGGCCGCCACGGAGGUGGUGAACAUCUUGCGGUCCCUGGGGGUGGUCUUCCGGCUGAGCAACACCGUCCUGGGCCUCACGCUGCUGGCCUGGGGGAACAGCGUCGGAGAUGUCUUCUCCGAUUUCACGCUGGCCCGCCAGGGCUACCCCCGGAUGGCGUUCUCCGCCUGCUUCGGCGGCAUCAUUUUCAAUGUGCUGGUGGGAGUGGGCCUGGGCUGCCUGCUGCAGAUCUCCAGGGGCCACGCCGAGGUGAAGCUGGAGCCAGAGGGCCUGUUGGUGUGGGUCUUGGCGGGCGCCCUGGGCCUCAGCCUCGUCUGUUCCCUGGUCGCGGUCCCGCUGCAGUGCUUCCAGCUGAGCCAGAUCUACGGCUUCUGCCUGCUCCUCUUCUACGCGAGCUUCCUGGCGGUGGCCCUGCUCACCGAGUUUGGGGUGAUUCACUUGAAAAGUGUGUGAGUGGAGCUGCGCGCCGGGUCCACCUGGUGGCCGGGAGGUGUCACUGCAGGCGGUGAGCUGGACGAUGGAGGAUGGAGACCGAGGCGCCUUCGGUAGAGCCCGCGUGGGCCUGCGUGGCGGGAGUGCGGUGUGGGCUGGAUCGAGGGGUCGCUCGCUUUGCUAGAGGUGCCCAGGCACUGCUGUGUGCAGGGAGGAAGCCGAGCCUCCUUCCUGGGGCUUUGGGGACUGGACCUGAGGGGGCGGACAGUCCCAGGCGGAAGGAAGGAGCCUUCCUUGUUAUCGCGAGCCUCUCGAAGGUGGGGUGUAGGGGGUGAUGGGGUGCCGUUCAGGCUGGUGUUGGAAGGAUCGCAAAGUGUUCAGGGCUGGAGGCGACUAAGAGGCCCAGCCCCACCCGUAGGUGCCCUCACCCCGUAGGUGUCCCUGCUGCCCACCUGCAUUGUCUCAGGGCUCACGUGCUGCCAAACCCAGACUUAGGGACUUGGGACGGUGGGGCCGCGGACAGGGCGCCUGGGGUGCCGGGGCCCCGGGCCGUCGUGGGCCGAGUCCUAGAGCUGCACCGUCCGACAGCAUGGGAAUGAAUUUUCUAGUCACCACGUUAAUAAAGCCCGAAGAAGCAGGUGACGUUUUCACAGAAAUGUGUUUUAUUGAACCCAAAGGCUCCGAACUGUCAGCCCACGGCUGCCACAGGACGGUACAGCUCUAGGCUCCCCUCCGGGACCACCCACUGGCUGAAGGCAGACUCCUGUGUCCUGCUCGUUGGGUUUUCCCGCUGCAAAACCAGAGGGGAUUUGUGCCUUGUGCCUACCUCAGGGGGACCCCUGGGCUGGGUUCCAGUGCCCCCACAUUCUGGGGAGGACCAGGCGCCCCCCCUCCCACCCCCAGCACCUUCCGCCAUCAGUGACCUGCUUCAGUUAGCACCUGAAGCAUUUGCCCCAUUGCCUUAUGCCGGCAGGAAAGGGAUUCAGCUGUCUUUUCUUCCCGAUAAAAGUUAUUAAAUAUUUCAAGUUUGAAGGUUGAA